UUUAGGUGGAAUGCGAAUCGCGCGCUCGCUGACAUUCGUCGUUGCACUUAGACAGUUACGUGACCUCGAAUUGAUAGUGCACAACGUCGCGUUUGACUGAAUAGCGAUCCACUUAACUUUCCGCAUGUGGUCUGAUGCGGGAAGUAUGUUCCCAGAUACUACAUAUGCCUCAUUCAGAUCGAGAGUAUUUCUUUUACUCGUUAUCUUGCAACCAUCACUUGUUCACACGCUAAUACCAGUCGAAUGCGCAGAAAAUGUAACUCGCCCAGAUCAGGUUUGCUGCCCUCGCAAUCCACACAAUGGCCUAAUUUGUGGUGGUCCAAAAAGAGGCUACUGUCAAAGAAUUCACGCACCAGAAGAGAAUGUGCCUAGCAUAUUCUGGGUGGAUGAUCGCUUAGGUUGGCCGACCCGAUUUCUUCAGUAUGCUUGCCAAUGUCAGCCACGAAUGUUUGGCGUCUCCUGUGAACAGUGUUGGUUUGGAUGGACCGGACCAGACUGCGCUAGACGAACACGUAAUAUUCGGCGUGACAUUCGCACUUAUAGUGCCGAAGAACUGGAAGUAUUCAAGGAUGUUGUCGUUAGAAGUUGGACGUGGCCGUCUAAAUUUCUCAUUCUGGAUGAGUCGAAAAACGAGUACUCCGACCCCAUCGAGAAUCUACGCUUCAUUCCUGCGAGUGUGCAGUAUUACAUUACCUUUUUGCAUCACUACGGCUCCAGAUCCACCUUGUUCAAUGAUCAAACAAAAUGUGAGGAGUACGGUAUCCUGGACUUUAACCACGAUGGUGUGGCUUUCCCCACUUGGCACCGUUAUUACAAUCUCAUUUGGGAACGUUUACUCGGGGAAAUUGCUUGGAAAGUACACAGAGUGAGGGACUUCACCAUUCCAUACUGGGAUUGGAUCGGUAUGAAAAAAUGUGACAUCUGCACAAAUCAGUACAUUGGAGCUCCCGGUAAGAUGGACGAGUACGGAACCCACAUUCAUCCUCGAUCACCAUUUCACAAUUUGACAGACUUUUGCUGGGAACGAACUCCUGAAACUGCCUGCGAUGGGUGUCAGAAAUGGGGGAAAUUUGGAGUUGUGACCCGACGUUUCACUUCAGAAAUAUUUCCGGAUCAAGAAGAUAUUGAAUUCAUCCUAAACAUGAGGAACUACUUCGUGAGUGGUGAACGUGACAGCCCUGAGUGUCAUUCAUUCCACAUGGCCCUGGAGGGAUUCUGUGGUCCACCUGGGACCAUCUCCCGAGAUUUGUGGACCCAUAACAAAGUGCACAAUAUGAUCCAAGGAAGCAUGCAGAGCACCGCCACGGCAAGCAACGAUCCCAUCUUCAUGCUUCAUCACACCACGAUUGAUAAAAUAUUCUCCAUGUGGUAUCGUCGUCACCAGCCCGAUUUCUCCGCAUAUCCUAAUGAAGCCGUCAGACCUGGACACAAACGUGACGCAUUCAUGAUUGCCUUCUUCCCUCCGGUACGGAACGGAGAAAUGUUUGUCGACGUGAACGCGCUCGGAUAUGACUACGAAAAUCCGACAUCGGUGGGGAAUUACGCACAAAAUAACAAGCCGCCAGUGUUCCAGUAAGUAAUAGCGUACUUGGGAAAUUUGUUGGCAGCUUGCCGCAGGCAAUGUGCAUGACAGAAACAGCGCUCCCUUCACAGUUUCCCACAAACUUUUAUAUUAUUUAGAUGCUAUCGAAAUUGUACAUUUCCUACGAAAAUAAACACUGGUUUUACAGUGU